AUGUUCAACAAGAACAUUCUUCCAAACAUCCACAAGACCUUUCAACAGAAACGAUCGGCUCUGGAGCAACGACCUCCCUGUGGUGGGGCCGAUUGGUGCGGAAGUAGAUUCACUCUACCAGCCACAUCAACAAACAGUUGCAGUAUACCCUCCCCGACACCAUUUUAUCGUAUCUGUGCAGUUCGUGGUAAGAAAUCAACAAGACAUAGUACCCCGUCAGAGGCAGAACUUGCUGCAACUGGUUCCAUAUGGAGAGCUGUGCCACUCACCACAAAAGCUGCCACAUCUGCAACAACUGCCCCUUCAGGAACCCCAAGUACGACGGUGCAAGGUACCUCGUUAGGUCGACCAUCUUCCUACAACAAAACACCUUCCAACCGAGUCAAUAGCAAGGCUUCCUCUCACUCGACCAGUUUACUGAAAAUCCUCCAAUUCAACUGCAAUGCUCUCUCACGCUCUGGGGACCCGAUAUUCAACGAAUACGUCCUUUACCGGAAGGACCGUAUGGGCGGUCGGAGCGGCGGCCUCCUGAUGUUGAUCCACCACAGCAUUCCUUUUGUCAUAAUGCAGCUCCCGGAAAUUGACACCCCUGUACACCACUGUGCUUCGAUCGCAGACUAUCUUGAUAUUCCCAACUUGAUCCUUCUGGGCGACCUGAAUGCACACGACGAGCCGUGGCAUUCAAGCAAUUUGCGACCCACGCAGAGAGACGCUGGCGGUCGAGCAAAAAAUAGUGUUUUGGAGUCAUUGGGAAGUCUGAAAGCUGAAAAAAUUAAUUCAAAAAUAUGUGUAGCACAGGACCUGACCAAAUCAGAAAGAAACCAAUGUAGAGAAACAGUAAAGGCACCAAAAAAGAGAAACAAUUCAGGGAAUAGAAAUAUGUGCCAAGAGUGCAUCCUGGCCAAACAAAAGUUCAUAACUAAUCGGCAAUACAAAUUAUUCCAAAAACAAUCAAGACAAAAGAAAAAUAGAGACCUGAUGUAG